AUGGAUUUUAUUAUGUAUUUAGUUCUGUUUUCAAUAAUUUUAGGGUUUGUAGUUAUCGCUUCUAAUCCUUCGCCCUUCUUUGGGGCCUUGGGGCUGGUGGUCUUAGCAGGUAUGGGGUGUGGGAUUUUGUCUUGGCAUGGUGGGUCUUUCUUAUCUUUGGUCUUGUUUCUAAUUUAUUUAGGGGGAAUGUUAGUGGUAUUUGCUUAUUCAGCGGCUCUUGCCGCUGACCCCUUUCCUGAGAGUUUAGGUAGCCGUUGAGUACUAAUUUCUGGGGUAAUUUAUCUGGUAGGGGUUGUGGUGGUAUCUUCGCUGGUUUGUGGGGAUUGGUAUGAAGUCAUCUGGGUUGUAAUAGAUGAAUUAGUCGAUUUUUCCGUAAUACGGGGGGAUAUGGGAGGGGUGGCUCUAAUGUACUCUUGGGGUGGGGGGAUAUUAAUUUUAAGUGGGGGGGCUCUCCUUUUAACUUUAUUUGUGGUGUUGGAGCUCACUCGAGGGCAGAGCCGUGGGGCACUUCGCUCUAUUUAA